GUCUGUCCAAUGCGCGCACUCGCCUGUGACAUAAUGGAACGUGCGCGGAUAGAAAAGCUGGAGGCGGACGCGCGGGCGCAUUCUCCCCGACGGAGCGGAGAGAGACGAGCAGAACAGAACAGAACAGAACAGAGAAAAGAGAGAAAGGAGAGAAGGUAGAGGAGAAGAUACGGGGAGGAACACGUAGAACCCGCACGAGAGGAGCUCAAGAGCGUCCUGCCUCACACUGACACACAGGAGAACAGAGGAGAACAGAGGAGAACAGAGGAGAACAGAGGAGAACACGUCACAGAGGAGAUAGGCACAGGAGCAGAGGAUCAGACGUUUCGGACCUGACGGGAAUGGUCCUCGCGCUCCUCUGAAGCAGCAGAAUCAUGAUGAAGAAGGACAUCACCCUGAGCCUGACGGAGGACGAGGAGCUGAAGCCUCUGCGCGAGGCCGAGAGUCUGCUCAGCUCCCCGGACCUGGGGCUCCUCAAACUGGCCUCUCCGGAGCUGGAGCGCCUCAUCAUCCAGUCCAACGGGAUGGUGACCACCACCCCCACCGCGCCGCAGUUCGUCUACCCCAAGACGGUCACGGACGAGCAGGAGUUCGCGGAGGGCUUCGUGAAGGCGCUGGAGGAUCUGCACAAACAGAACCAGCUGAGCGGACCGGCCCAGAGCACCGGGACUCUGGAGCUGGGGGUGAACCUCGCCCCGGUGACGGUGCAGCCGGAGCUCCCCGUCUACACGAACCUGAACACGUACGGAGGCGGCGCGGGGCCGCUCGGCACCUCCGUCAACUACAGCACCGACACCGUGCCCUUCCCGCCCCCGCCGCAGCAUCACCUGGGCCCGGCGCCGAUGAAGGAGGAGCCGCAGACGGUUCCGGACGUGCAGAGCUUCGGGGACAGUCCCCCGCUGUCCCCCAUCGACAUGGACUCUCAGGAGCGCAUCAAGGCCGAGCGGAAGCGCCUGCGCAACCGCAUCGCCGCGUCCAAGUGCCGCCGCCGCAAACUGGAGCGAAUCUCGCGGCUCGAGGACAAAGUGAAGAGUCUGAAGAGUCAGAACACGGACCUGGCGUCCACCGCGUCCGUCCUGCGGGACCAGGUGGAGCAGCUCAAACAGAAGGUGCUCACGCACGUCAACAGCGGCUGUGAGCUGCUGCCGCACGAGGUGCAGGUGCACUGAGGCCGGACCGAACCGGGACCAGGUCUGGACUCGGUCCGGACCGGGUCUGAAGCAGGUCUGACCCGGUGGACUGUGCGGCCGCUGCAUGUGGCCCGGGGCCGGCGCAGGAUCUUGGACUUUGUACUUUUCUGCUUUGGGACAUUUCAGAAUCCAGCGUUACGCAUGACGUCACUGUAUUCACCUCUGACCUCUGACCCCGGGGGUGUCAUUAUAGACCCUUGGGUGACCCCGGGAGUUUGACGGAGCUGUGCCCGGGGCAGAGCGCCUGUGCUCCGGCAGAGGGACGCGCUCAGGCCCCGGGAGGACCGGGACCGGGUCCGGUCCGCGCGCGGCCGCGGGUUUAAGACAAACCGUCCCCGUGUUCCUCCCGCUCAUCUGUUUACUUGUUUAUUUGUUUGUUUAUUUGUGGGUGACGUUUACAGACGCUGAUGAGUCUCGCGCCAUCGCCUCGUGCGUAAACGGCCCGUGCGGCCUCGUGCUCUUACACCUGUUCUGAACCGUGUCGUGGACUGUGACGCUGCAUGAUCAAGACACACUGAAGGUGGCGCUGUUCUGCCAAGACAGGCCGAGUGUCUCACUGUGUGUAGAGACUCUGGUCCGUGGUUCGGUCCGUGGUUCGGUCCGUGGUUCCGCUGCUCUGUCUCAAUAAACGCUGCUCUUCUUCAA